GCGCGGAGGAGCUGGAGGAUCUGGUGCACUUCUCCGUGUCCGAGUUGCCUAGUCGCGGCUACGGCGUCAUGGAGGAGAUUCGGCGGCAGGGCAAGCUGUGCGAUGUGACGCUCAAGCUGAUCACAUCACCACUUGUUCCCAGUUGGGGAGAAGAGAGAAUGAGAGAAGAGAGAAUGAGCCAAGAUGUGUGAACCAGGAGUUGGCAAGCAUUUUCUGUAAAGAGCCAGAUAUUGAAGCUGAGGAUGCUUAGCUGCUUACAGAAUGGCAGCCCAGAGGAGACCGUGAUGGCUCCUGUGUUCCAGUGGACCUAACCAGCUGUGUUCAGGGCCGCGAAGGCUCAGCUCUGAUCAUGUUGUUCUCCUGCUCUGAAUGGCUUCCCAUUUCACUGUCAUUCAGCGGUGUACUCAGCAGAUUGGGGACCACAAAUUCAGUGCUCACCGGAUCGUCUUAGCAGCCUCAAUCCCAUACUUCCAUGCUAUGUUUACAAAUGACAUGAUGGAAUGCAAACAGGAUGAGAUUGUAAUGCAAGGAAUGGACCCAAGUGCCCUGGAGGCUCUGAUCAACUUUGCCUACAACGGCCACCUUGCCAUUGAUCAGCAAAAUGUCCAGUCAUUGCUAAUGGGGGCGAGCUUCCUGCAGCUGCAGAGCAUCAAAGACGCCUGCUGCACGUUCCUCCGAGAACGGCUUCACCCCAAAAAUUGCCUGGGUGUACGCCAGUUUGCUGAGACAAUGAUGUGCGCUGUGCUCUAUGAUGCGGCCAACAGCUUCGUCCACCAGCACUUUGUGGAGGUGUCCAUGUCAGAAGAAUUCCUGGCCCUGCCCUUGGAAGACGUGCUUGAACUGGUGUCUCGGGAUGAGCUGAACGUCAAAUCAGAGGAGCAGGUCUUUGAAGCCGCAUUGGCUUGGGUAAGAUAUGACCGGGAGCAGAGGGGGCCCUGCCUGCCCGAGCUGCUGUCCAACAUCCGCCUGCCCCUCUGCCGGCCCCAGUUCCUGUCAGACCGAGUGCAGCAGGAUGAUUUGGUGCGUUGCUGCCACAAAUGCAGGGACCUGGUAGACGAAGCAAAGGACUAUCACCUCAUGCCAGAGCGCCGGCCCCACCUGCCGGCUUUCAGAACUCGGCCUCGCUGCUGCACGUCCAUCGCUGGGCUUAUCUAUGCCGUGGGGGGCCUCAACUCAGCAGCAAAUUUUUAUGCAGGUGAUUCCCUGAAUGUGGUGGAAGUGUUCGACCCCAUCGCCAAUCGCUGGGAGAAGUGCCAUCCCAUGACAACAGCCCGCAGCCGCGUCGGUGUGGCUGUGGUGAACGGGCUUCUCUAUGCCAUCGGCGGGUAUGAUGGCCAGCUGCGGCUGAGCACUGUGGAGGUCUACAACCCGGAGACAGACACGUGGACGAGAGUCGGGAGCAUGAAUAGCAAGAGAAGUGCCAUGGGGACUGUUGUGCUGGACGGGCAGAUCUACGUCUGUGGGGGCUAUGAUGGCAACUCUUCCCUCAACUCUGUGGAGACCUACUCACCUGAGACGGACAAGUGGACAGUGGUGACCCCAAUGAGCUCAAAUCGCAGUGCUGCUGGGGUUACAGUCUUUGAGGGCAGGAUAUAUGUGUCGGGUGGCCACGAUGGUUUGCAGAUCUUCAACAGUGUGGAGCACUACAACCACCACACGGCCACCUGGCACCCGGCAGCUGGCAUGCUCAACAAGCGCUGCCGGCAUGGAGCUGCCUCCUUGGGAAGCAAGAUGUUCGUCUGUGGGGGCUACGAUGGCUCUGGCUUCCUCAGCAUUGCUGAGAUGUACAGCUCUGUGGCAGACCAGUGGUCCCUGAUAGUCCCCAUGCACACACGCCGGAGUCGGGUCUCCCUGGUGGCCAGCUGUGGGCGCCUCUAUGCUGUGGGGGGCUAUGAUGGACAGUCGAACCUAAGCUCGGUGGAGAUGUACGACCCAGAGACGGACCGCUGGACAUUUAUGGCCCCCAUGGCGUGUCAUGAGGGAGGGGUUGGCGUGGGCUGCAUCCCUCUCCUCACCAUCUAAGGCAGAAAAGGUGGGAUGUGGUGGGGUAGGGAUCUGGUACAAACAUAGGCACUUCCUUCCGGGAACAGUCCCUCUCAGGAGAGGCAGUGGACCAGAAGAGGGGGUGAAAUGUGAGCUUGCCGGAGGUACAGUUUUUCCAGGUGCUGAAGUCCUGCCUCACUGUGCUGCCCUUGUGACCUUCAGGCCUAGGUCAUCAAGAUGCACAGCAUGGGACAGAAGCCUCUCUGGGUCUUGCAGCUGGUGACACGGGACUGCUUUGCUGGUCCACACGUACACAGGCUCCAUCCAAGCCCAGCUCCCACCUGCCACAGCUCUGUGGGCCACCCACUUGCAGAAGGCCUUCCAUCUGAUGCUCCUCCUCGCCUGCUGUUCUCCAGCCAUGGGGUGGCCAGUUUGCCAUGAGGUGGCUGCAGUGGCCAAGCCUAUUGGAAACUGGGGUGUGGCUGAGAGAGGGACAUACUCCAAGUGUUCUCACUGCCUGCAGUGAUGCAGCCAGAGCAAUGUGCUAGUUGCACACAAGCACCUCCUCCUUCCAUCUUAGGGCACAGAGGAUUUUUGACCUCAUUGCUGGGUAAGCAGGGAGAAAAGAAGCUUUUCCUAUGCCUAAUUUUGGGAUUUCCAUGAGGUCUUUUUCAUCUUGUUCAGGAAUAACAGAAGGAAAAAAAAAGAUACUUGAAAGAAACUGAAGGAAAUUUAAACAAAGAAACACUUGAAAGAAACUAGAAAGAAAAAUACUUUUUUUUAAAUGAACAUUUUUUGCAAGAAGAAAAUGUAAAAGACACUAAAGGCAAAAAAAUGUGUUUAAAUGGAAAAACCACCCAACAUGAAAAGGGCGGUAUCUGCUUCCACAUUCGGAUCCCAGGGUCCUGAGGCCUCGCACAGCACUUGGGGUUCCCUCUGAGCCCCAGUGUGUCUGGAAUCAGUGCAGUCUUGACUGGUCCUGUAGCAAGGUGCUCAUGGGGUUUGUCUUCACACCCACCAUCAGAGGACUUUUUUAAUCAUAGGCUUAGUGAGUUGGCUGCAUUACUGCCACUCUUCUAGGUGGGAGCUCCCAGCUCAUCGCUGGAGGCUCCAGAUGCCCCUGUGGUUACCUCCCACUGCCACCAUGACGCUCAUUCAGAUUCUGCACUCCCACUUUUCAUUCCUUCCUUAGUUGACCAGCAGGAAACAGCAGGUCUAGCCAGCUUCUCACUUGCCCAUCUAUCUAUCAUUCUUGGAUAGUUCUCCUCAUUAUAAUGCUUCUGGGGCACAUUGACCAUUUGUACCUCUAGAACCUAACCAGGGACUUGGUCCUUCCACCAGCCAUGGGCUGGCUUGGUCCAGUAACCUCGUCUACCCAGCCAGUCCACUAUCCUCCAUCUAUUCGCCAAUUCCAGGGGUCUGGCCUCCCUUCAGCCCCUGGCAGACUGACCAGCAAGAUGGACCUUUACAUUCAAGCAAAGCUGGCGUUAUGAUAUAAAGAACUAAAGGCUGAAAGAAUCUCUUGCUGCUGCAAAGAACAGAUUUUAUAUUUCUUCCUUUUUGAUCUUAGCAAAUGACCUCUUGAAGAGACUCCAUGCUCCUUCUUCCUCCUCCCUGGAUGGGACCUUGAUGCAGCACAGCGGGCCCCAAACAGGAGGACGCUUUCUAUUACCAGUGCACUGGGCAGUGGGGCUGUCCUUCAACUGCUGCUGCCAAAAUCUGCUUUUAUAAAAUUCUUCCAGUAGAGACUAAAAGAAAAUAUAAUUUCUUUAAUGCAAGACUGGGUCUUAGGGUCCCAAUCUCCACCUGAUUGGUCUCCUGUCCCUUGCUGCCUGCCUGGGGUGGCCUGGAAGCCUGUUCAGAGAGGCACAAUGUGGAGCCUGAAAUCCCAGGACUGUGAGGUUUACCAGUGUGUGCAAUCGCCAUGUAUCCAGAGGGAAGUACCUUUGUUACCUGCCACUUAGGAGCUGGGCCUCUGCUACACGCACUUGAAAGUGGUGUUUUUAUUUUAUAAGGCUCAGCAAUCUGAUACAGUUUAGCCUGGGCUCGUGGUGGAGCUCUGGCAUUUCUCCUUCCCUCUUGGUUUGCCUAUAGAGGUAGACUCAGAAGGUAGUUGGGGUCUGUGUCUCCUGUUAGAGAGGAGUCUAUCAGUACCUGUCUCAUUGUUAUAAGCCCCUUUCUUCUGUGAAUUUGAAGCAGCACUGACUAGCCUGGACUGUGAAAGUGUUAGGAAUCAAGCAGUGGGCCUCUCCAGGUCCUUAGGAUGCUGGCUGGCCCAGAUUUUGCCGUUGGGGAUGAUAGAUCAUUUUCCGAUGGUCUGCUGCUCUUGUGGUGGCCUUCCUAAGUCAGUGUUAGAAGUUACACUGCUGCACCUGAGGUCAGUGUUUCCAAGAGGAAGUCAGUGCUUGGUUCCGGGCUCUGAGCACAAGUGAGCAAACACCACCAUUUUCACACUCUUCACAGUAGGUUCCUCAGUCUGAUGGUGAAUGUCUGUUUGCAAAUGGUUGGUCUGGCCCUUGGGUGUGGGAGCCUUUCCAAUAACACCAUGCAAGAGAGAGACAUCACCCAAGGAUACUGUGAAAAGGGUGUAAGAAGGAGGUAGGACAGACACUGUGCUCAGUGGACCUUGGGAUCUAGCCCAGCUCUGUGCAGAGGACUGGCAUUCACUGUCCUUGGCCAUUUCCCCUUCUUAGAUAACACACACAGCCUUCUCUUCUGUAUUUCAUCUGAGAUCAAAUCCAGGAGGGGAGCUGAAGACCAGCCUUUUUAUUUGACCACAGAGACGUGACAAGGUAGAAAUUCUGUUCCUCCCCUCCAAUUUGUUUCCCGGAAAAUCUUACUUCCUUUUAUUUAUAGAAUGCAUGUCUUUUGUGUUAAGAGACCAAAGAGAAAUAAAGAGUACACUCCUAA